AUCAGAAGAAGAACAUUGCUAGGCUAGCUAGCAAACUCCAGGUGCAGUUUCCACGUUGAGUGACACCUGAGCAGCAAAAUGCUCCUCCGGACGGUCCGACCGUGGUUACUCCGUUACAGGACUUUACCUUUGGCUUGUUCUCGGCCUUAUCAUGCCGACGCAGUGGCUCGAGUCGGUUCUCAGCCUGAUAAACUGUCCGCUGAAUACCAGGAAAACUAUGAUCGAAUGCAAGUUCUUGUUGAUGAAUUGAAAGCACGGACAGAGAAGAUUAAACUGGGUGGAGGAGAAAAAGCCAGAAGACUUCAUACAUCUCGUGGGAAACUCUUGCCCAGAGAGCGAAUCGACAGACUUCUGGACCCAGGGACACCUUUCCUGGAGUUGUCUCAGUUUGCAGCGUAUGAGUUAUAUGGAAAAGAGGAAGUCCCAGCAGGCGGCAUCAUUACCGGGAUCGGUCGAGUGUCAGGGGUGGAGUGUGUUGUUGUUGCAAAUGAUGCUACUGUCAAAGGAGGAACGUACUACCCGGUCACCGUCAAGAAACACCUUCGGGCCCAGGAAAUAGCUCAGCAGAACCAUUUACCAUGUAUUUACUUAGUGGAUUCGGGAGGGGCCAAUCUACCCCGACAGGCUGAUGUGUUUCCAGACAGAGAUCACUUUGGACGCAUUUUCUUCAACCAGGCCAGACUGUCCUCAGAGGGGGUAGCACAGAUUGCUGUUGUCAUGGGUUCCUGCACGGCGGGUGGCGCGUAUGUACCCGCCAUGGCAGAUGAAAGCAUCAUUGUGCGCAAGCAAGGAACCAUUUUCCUCGGAGGACCUCCUUUGGUAAAAGCUGCUACUGGAGAAGAAGUGUCUGCAGAGGACCUCGGUGGUGCUGAUUUGCACUGCAAAAAAUCUGGAGUUACAGACCACUACGCUUUAGACGAUAACCACGCACUGCAUUUAGCAAGAAAAGCAGUCAGAUCACUCAACUAUAAGAAAAACCUGGAGGUGACCACAGAACCCACUGAAGCCCCUCUGUACCCUGCAGACGAACUCUAUGGAAUAGUCGGAGAUAACCUGAAACGCAACUUUGAUGUCAGAGAGGUCAUUGCCAGGAUUGUAGAUGGAAGUAAAUUUGAUGAGUUCAAGGCUUUCUAUGGAGACACACUAGUAACAGGGUUUGCCAGAAUAUUUGGGUACCCUGUUGGAAUCAUUGGAAACAAUGGAGUCUUGUUUUCAGAGUCUGCAAAAAAGGGGACACAUUUCAUUGAGCUGUGCUGCCAGCGAAACAUUCCACUCAUUUUUCUUCAAAACAUUACAGGCUUUAUGGUGGGCAGAGAGUACGAAGCAGGAGGAAUUGCCAAGGAUGGCGCCAAGAUGGUAACAGCGGUCGCCUGUGCCAACGUGCCCAAGAUGACCGUCAUAAUUGGCGGCUCCUACGGUGCAGGAAACUACGGCAUGUGUGGCAGAGCCUACAGCCCUCGGUUCUUGUACAUGUGGCCAAAUUCUCGUAUCUCUGUAAUGGGAGGUGAGCAGGCGGCCACCGUCCUGGCCACCAUCACCAAGGAUCAGAGGGCCCGAGAGGGAAAGGAGUUUACCGCAGAGCAGGAGGCGGCUAUGAAGGAGCCCAUAGUACGGCGGUUUGAGGAGGAGGGCAGCCCGUACUACUCCAGCGCCAGACUGUGGGAUGAUGGGAUUAUCGAUCCCGCCGAUACUCGUCUGGUUUUGGGACUGAGCCUCAGCGCCGCCCUGAACGCACCGAUGAAAAAGACCCAGUUCGGAGUGUUUAGGAUGUAACUGUGUGCAGGUACAGCCCUUAGGUAGGACACCAUUCAACAUGUACUGUAAUAAGAACACCAGUAGUUUUAUCAGUGAUACCAGAUGAAAGUAAAACAAACCCUGUGUGUGUAUGUGUGUGGGUGCAUUAUGGGAUGGUGAACUCUUCCACUUGUCGUGCCUUAACUGUUACUAUUCCACUGUAAAUGCAAACUGUACUAUUUCCUUGGGUGAAUUAGAUUUUUUUUUUUUUUUUUUUAAAUCAAAUCCAGUAAAUGUUCCUGUAUAAAACUG